AUGGGCAGCGACCAUGAGCGCAAAGAGGAAUGCCAUUACACCAAGGCUGUUCGAAAGCGUGGUCGCCGACCGAGGGGAGACCCUGGCCGGGAACUACACCGUGAUGACCAGAACUUUAGGAACAGAUCGCCCCAGAAUCAAUCACGAAGUCCUGGAGAUACCGUGAUGUCAAGUAGCACGUCAAAUCAGGAUGCGCCCUCGGUGAUGUCCUCUCUGGAACACCGAUCAUAUGGGCUCGAUGCGAAUGCAAAUGACACGCUGUCUAUAACAAGUCCCUCUGGCGCAGAUAAAUUUGCAACCAACAACCCACCGUUUUCUGCGCAGGAAGACGCAUUGGGUGGGCUUUUUCAGACUUCUCUGAGCAGGUCACUGUCCGGUCUUCAUCAGACUGUCUUUGACGAUGUCCCUGGGUCAAUGCCGGACCAUGUAUCAAUGAGAUCAACCUAUCGCUGCCUUGACUCGAUGCUCCCACACUUGAAUGGCCUCCUUUCCGCCGAGGAGGCUUCGGAGAUGCUCGAAAUUUACUUCAAUGAGAAGCACAACUCCCUCUUCAAAUCAACAUCUCCCUACAUGCUAGCUCAUGUCUUGCACCCAUCAUCCGUCCUCCAUCCUACCGAUCCUCGGCCAACAUCAGCGGCGCUGCUUGCUGUCAUCCUGUUUUGUGUUGCGCAAACUGCCGACAUGAAAAUAUUUGACACGCCGGGGGCCCGAGAACGCAUGAGUGUGGAUCUCUAUCGUCUUUCAUUAGACCUGCUUCAAUCCGAAGAUCCAGAUAAUUACUUCCGUACAUCUGACGGCUGGCAAUUCCAUCCUCAUCCCAGUGGCGGUACGCCAAAUAAUUCACAUUCGGCUCCGGAUCGACAGGCAAGUGGCAAAGCGUUACUGCCCCGACAACUGGGCUCAACUGAUACCAUUCUGGCCGUUGCUAUCCUGACAAUAGUAAUAUCGGGCGGACACUAUAAAGCCGACUCGCUUAAAUGGCGCGACAAGUUGAUUCGGCUGGUUCGAGCCAGUGGGCUCAGCAUGGAAGACCAAGACAUUGAUCUCGGGCCCGUUUUCUGUGGGCUAUACAAUGGCGACGCUACUUUCCGAAGAUGGCUAGUCGCGAAAGAAGAGCGUAGACGCUUAUUCUGGCUCACACUUGGCCCUGUCCUUCAAUAUGCGAAUCAGUAUUGCCGAAGGCACUUUUGCGUGCGGACCCCCUUGCCGGAGAAGCUCUGGCAAUCCCUCGAUACGGCUGAUCUGAACUGUAUUCCUGCGUGUUCAUUAGGUCCGCCCACCCAAAUAUCGGGCGGUGGGUUCUUCGAAUACUUCCUGCCUCUCGCCAGGGUUUUGGGCCAGAUCAUCGACUUGCACCAUGUUCGGGCCCAUCCCACCCUCGGGCAGUACAUUUCUCGGGAUGCUGUUCGCCGCAUAGAGGCGAUGAUAGCCCAUCGAGAACAGGAGCUCGUUGACUUGGAGAAUCAAGCAGACUCAUACGUCACCAAUGACGGAGCUCUUCACUCCUUCCCGCAGCAAUCCAAUGGUGGCCCAUCCCAAGGCGUGGACCCAUUUGGAUCUCCUAAUGCAGGAACGUCAAAGGACCCGAAGCUCCAUUUAGUGAAGAUCUACAGCACUUAUCUACUGCAUGUCUUCUACAUACUGUUGCAUGGUAAAUGGGAUCCCAUCUCAAUGAUCGAAGACAGGGACGACUGGAUCACCUCGGAAAGCUUCUUGACCUGUGCCUCGCACGCCUUGAGUGCAUCCGGGGUAGUUUCGCAAAUUCUGACCAUCGACCCGGAAAUGACCUUCAUGCCUUAUCUGUUUGGGAUUUACCUUCUUCAGGGCAGUUUCAUUCUCCUUCUAUUUGUGGACCGCAUGCCCGAGCUUGGUCCGAAUCGAUCGGUGGAAGAGGUGUGCGAAACGAUUAUCAGAGCUCACGAGGUGAGCGUGGUCACUCUUGAUACCACUUUCCAAAAAAAUUUCCGCAAGGUAUUCAGGUCCAUGUUAUAUGACGCCCAGCAGGCUGGGCCUCAUUCUUGGGAUGAACACAAAGCUCGACGCAGAGAACUACUCUCUCUAUACCGGUGGACACCCUUGGCUCAAGGUCUUGCCUAUUGA